AUGAAAGGAGGGUUCACCAUAACUCCAUCCUUUGCUCCUCAGUUCCACAAGAUGGGUUCGUUCAGAAGGCCUCGACCUCGCUUCAUGAGCUCCCCUGUCCUCAGUGAUUUGCCUCGGUUCCAGGCAGCUCGGCAGGCUCUGCAGCUCAGCUCCAACUCUGCCUGGAACAGUGUCCAAACAGCAGUGAUAAAUGUAUUCAAAGGGGGAGGAUUGCAGAACAAUGAACUUUACACUCUCAAUGAAAAUAUCAGACGGCUGCUGAAGAGUGAACUUGGAUCCUUCAUCACAGAUUACUUUCAGAACCAGCUCCUUGCGAAAGGCUUGCUGUUAAUGGAGGAGAAGGUCAAGCUGUGUGAAGGUGAGGAUCGCAUUGAUGUCCUGUCUGAAAUCUGGGAUCACUAUUUUACAGAGACUCUUCCUACACUCCAGGCAAUAUUCUACCCAGUUCAGGGUCAGGAGUUGACUAUCCGUCAGAUUGCUCUUCUUGGCUUCAGAGACUUGGUCUUGCUAAAAGUGAAGUUGGAAGAAAUUCUUCCGCUGGUUCAGACAAAACUCCCAGCUUCCAUUGUUCAGAUGCUGUUAAUUCUGCAGAGUGUCCAUGAGCCUACUGGCCCCAGUGAGGGCUAUCUACAGCUGGAGGAACUGGUCAAGCAGGUGGUAUCACCGUACUUAGGUCUGUGUGAGGAUCGCAGCAGCUCUGGUAGCACCUGCUUGCUCGGUAAGACAUGCACAUUGUACAGAAGCUGUUGUUGGGGUGCACAGCCUGACGUACUGAACUAUUCAUCUCACGCGGUGACGAGUCGGCAGCCCAGCGAGAUGGCCCUGACCCCACUGACAGAGCAGGAGGGUGAGGCUUACCUGGAGAAAUGUGGUAGCAUCCGUCGCCACACCGUUGCCAACGCUCACUCUGAUAUCCAGCUCCUGGCCAUGGCCUCCAUGAUGCACACAGGAAUGGUCAUUGAGGAGUCAGACAGUACGGACAAAUGCCUCCUCCUGCAGCCCAACUGUUUUAGCCCCAGGCAGUGCUCCAGUGAGCCCAGUAUUGCUGAUGGGCCAGAGGGAGUUGUGCCAGCAGCAAAUAGACAGGACUCUGAAGAGCUGAACUGCACGUCGGUCAGCUAG